GUUGCAUGGAAGCGUGUCCAAAGCCAAGAUUCCUGAUUCUGAAGCGGAAGCGGAGUCGGAAGCGGGUGGAAGCGGCCGGAAGCGUGUCGGAAUCGCGGUUCCGAAAAAACCAGAUUUGGAAGCGUAUUGGAAUCAAUGAUUCCUAGUUAGAAGCAUGUAAAUCUAAUAUUGGAAUCGUAAAUAAAAAAAAAGAAAAAUUAAUAAAUGUUUUUAUGUUUUAUUUCCUUAACUGAAAACCCUAAUUAAAAAAAAAAGUGGAAACUCAAAGGACUACGACUCUGAGUCGUCAUUCUCAUCUCUUUUACACCUCAUAGUUGCUAUCUUUCUUCUUCUCUGUACUAAGAGUCUAAGACCAAACAAUCGAUCAAGGCAAUUUUCUUUGGACUUUUGUUUCUUUGUUAAUUGUUAUAUUCUUCUUCUCUUGUAAAGAAACGUGAGACUUUGUAGCCUUUUAUGUAUGGUUUGAUGAUUAGAAGGUUAGUAUUGGUUGAAACUAAAGCUGAAUUUGGUUUGUGAAUCUAAGGUUAAAGUCUUAUAUUAAUAUUAAACAAGUACAGAGAUUUUUUUUUUUUUUUUGGUGUUUCCUUGCGUAGAGUAAAGCGACCACGUCUGAUCAUUAUGAUAAUUUUUUUUUCAGAAGUAUGAACCCAUCUGAUAAUGAUGAUGUGGAUGACAAAGCACCCUUAAGGAUUUAUGUGAACAAGAUUGAAAAGAUAGCAGGAGGGGGAUCAUGGAGGUUUGAAUGCAAUUGCAAUACAACGUACGUUGGAUCUUAUACUAGAGUUGUGACUCAUCUUAUACAAGAGGGAAUUAAGGGAAUCAAAGGAUGUAACAAUGUUACCCACAACAAAGAGCUACAAAUUUCCUGAUACAAAUGAGCCGAUUCAAAGAAGAGAAAGGGAAUGGAUUCAGGAAAAGCAUUUAACAAUCAGACUAGGGAGCAAUGUGAUGGUGAAAUAUUUAGAAUGUUCUGUACAAGCGGGUUGUAUUUCAACGUUGCAAGAAAUCCUCACUAUCGCAACUCAUUUGUGCGUGCAUCACAAAUUCCUGGCUAUGUUCCUCCUGGUUAUAAUGCUUUGAGGAUUACACUUCUCCAAAAAGAAAGAAAGAACCUUGAAGUGCACUUGCAGCCUUUGAAGGAUUCAUGGAAACAUAAAGGAGUUAGCAUAUGUAGUGAUGGCUGGUCAAAUCCUCAUCGAAGACCUAUCUUAAAUUUGAUUGCUGCAAAUGAGAGUGGUCCAAAAUGUUAAGAGCAAUCAACACUCAAGGUGAAACAAAAACUGGUGAGGUGAUUGCAGAAAUGAUCAUAGAAUGCAUUAAGGAGGUUGGACAUGAGAAUGUGGUUCAAGUACUCACUGACAAUGCUUCAAAUUGUGUAAAAGCUGGUGCACUUAUUUCAGCUAAGUUUCCUACUAUCUUCUGGAUACCAUGUGUGGUUCAUACUUUGAAUCUUGCACUCAAGAACAUAUGUGCACCAGUUGAUAAUAAAAGAAGCAAUGGAGAUGUGUAUGAUGCUUGUUAUUGGAUAAAGUCUAUCAGUGAGGAUGUUACUUGGAUCAAGAACUUCAUUAUGAACCAUGGAAUGAGGCUUGUCAUGUUCACAGAGCAUUGUGAUCUUAAGCUCCUUACAAUUGCUUCUACAAGGUUAGUGUUCUCUCUUGUUAAGUUCAAUCUUAAUUAGAUUUUUUUUUUAAAUAAGAUUAUUAAGUUUGUUUUUACAGGUUUGCUUCAACAGUUGUGAUGCUUAAGAGAUUCAAGAAACUAAAAACUGGGCUACAACAAAUGGUGAUCAGUCCUAAGUGGGAUGAUUAUAAAGAUAAUGGUGUAGAAAGAGCAUCAGCAGUGAAGAAAAAGAUAUUAGAUGAGAUGUUCUGGGAUGAGAUUGAAUAUGCUUUGUCUUUCACUUUGCCGAUAUAUAGUGUGAUUAGAGCUGCUGAUACUGAUAAGUCUUCACUUCAUCUGGUUUAUGAAUGGUGGGAAACCAUGAUUCAGACUGUGAAAAAGGCUAUCUUCAGAAAGGAAACGAAGGAACUUGAAGAUGACUCGGUUUUUUGGAAUGCUGUGCAAUCUAUUUUGAUAUCUCGUUGGAGUAAGAGUAACACUCCUCUCCAUUGUAUGGCACAUUCUCUAAAUCCCAAAUAUUAUAACUCAGAGUGGCUUGGAGAAGAGAACAAUAGAAAAGCUCCACAUCAAGAUUUGGAGAUUACUAGAGAAAGAAAAAAUUGCAUCAUGAAGUAUUUUCCAAAUCAAGAUGAAAGGAGAGAGGUUAACAUUGAAUAUUCUAAUUUCUCUUUAAGCUUGGAAGAUUUUGGUAGUGUUGAUGCAAUCCAUGAUAGAUUUAUCUGAGAACCUUUAAGAUGGUGGGCAGUUCAUGGAUCUUCAGCUACCAAACUUCAAGCCUUAGCAUUUAAGUUGCUUGGACAACCUUCUUCAUCCUCAUGUUGUGAAAGGAACUGGAGCACCUAUAAGUUCAUCCAUUCUGCAACAAGAAACAAGAUUAUGCCACAAAGAGCUGAAGAUUUGGUAUUUAUGCAUACUAAUUUUCGUCUCUUAUCUAGAAGGAGUUCUGCUUACAAAGAAGGUCCUAACAAGAUGUGUGAUGUUGGAGGUGACCAAUUUGAUACUUUGGAUGAGCUUAAUCUAGGAAGACUUGAGUUUGAAGAUCUUUCCCUUGAUGAACCAGAACUAGAGGCUGUUGUGUUUGAUGGAGAAGAUGAUAAUGAGUGAAACAAUUGAUCUUUGACAUUGAACAUUUUUAUUUUUAGUUGAGUUGCUUAAUAUUUAAGACUUUGUUGGAUUUGUGCGGUUUAGACACUUUUAAUUUUCAGAAGUUAUUUUAUA